AUGGCGUGUAAGCUUAAAAGGUCCAUUUAUGGGCUUAAACAAGCUUCAAGUGGGAGCAGAUAUAAUUUUCUUGUGCUCUAUGUGGAUGAUAUAUUGCUUGCAGCAAAUGAUAAUGGGCUCAUGUUUGAAACUAAGGAUAUGUUGUCUUUCCAUUUUGAUAUGAAAGACCUUGGUGAGGCCUCUUAUUCAUGCUUUCCUGGGAAGGCACCAAUUGUGAAAGGUGAUGUAUUUUUAAAGUCUCAAUGUCCUUAUAAUGAUAAUGAAAGAACUCAGAUGCAAGCAGUUCCAUAUGCAUCAGUUGAGGGUGUACUUGGGAGAUACUUGAGUGAUCUAGGUUUAAGUCACUGGACAGCUGCAAAGAAAGUAUUGAGAUAUUUGAAGGGCACUAAAGAUUUUAUCCUGACAUAUCGACGAUCCAAUAUUCUUGAUGUAGUUGGAUAUUCCGAUGCAGACUUUGCAAGUUGUUCAGAUGAUAGGAGAUCCACUUCUAGAUAUAUUUUUAUGAUGGCAGAAGGAGCUGUUUCAUGGAAAAGUGUUAAACAAACGCUUACAACUUCCUCAACUAUGGAGGCAGAGUAUAUAGCUUAUUACCAAGCUACAUGUCAGGCUAUAUGGCUGUGA